AUGGUAGGUGGUUUUUUAGAUCGUUUGACACUGAUGUCAUAUGAACUUAAUAAGCUCGGCGACUUUUCUAAGCAAAGUCCUUAUCUUUUAGUCAUAUUACAGGCAACUAGCCUACGUAAUGCACUGCUAAAGCUUAUCGCAAGGAAUUGUAAUCAAGCGGGUUCCGUCGCCGCUUCAUAUGGCGACAGUGCCAAGUUAUCUGGCGAGAACUACUUGUGCCAUAAUGAAGAAGCGGCUAGCGUAGCGAGCGGUAUGGCGGGCAUGCCGGUGUUAGGCAACAGCGUCGGCGCCGGUGAACUGCCGGACACCAGCCGUGACGCAAGCAACAGGUCCUCCAGUAGCGGCUCCCGUCGCGGUUCAUCGCCGCAUCGUGGACAGGCAUCACUUAGCAGCGGUGGGGUGAUAACCCACACUGCACCCUCAUAUGAGGAACAGCGGGCCAGCCCCGCCUUACUCAACCGCAACACCAGCACACCCGGGGGAAGGAGCACCGUCCGCGAUGAUGGAUACUGCUCAGCUGGGAGCACCCCAAGAGCUUUUGAUCACAAGUCAACAAAAGGCUCUGUUGUUACCUUAUCGUGUUACAAAAAAGAGCCUAAAGUCCAGAUUGAAGAGGAAGGAUAUUACACUGAAGCAACGAAGAGAAUUAGGGCUAACAGUAUUAAAGCGGGCUGGGCGUUCUACUUCCUGGUGUCGUCUGCGCGUUCUGAGCUGCCCUGGCUGCACUGUAACAAUGUUUGGAACACGGAGCAGUGCUGGGACGCGGGCCGAACUAAUUCCACCAACCGCACCGACACGCCCUACCAGGGGCCACUCUCACAUUUCACGCCAGCUUCUGAGUUUUUCCACCGGGCAGUCCUAGAGAUGCAGUAUUCGGAAGGGCUGAACGACCUGGGUCUUCCUAAGUGGCAGCUUGUUGCUUGCUUGGGUGUUGUCUAUAUUACCCUAUAUCUUUCAUUGUUUAAAGGCGUGAAAAGCUCGGGUAAGGUGGUGUGGAUGACCGCUACUAUGCCAUACGUGGUGCUGUCUAUCCUACUGGCUCGCGGGUUAUUACUGCCCGGAGCGACGCGCGGUAUCGCGUACUACCUCCAACCUGAACUUAGUAGACUUAAGGACACGCAGGUCUGGGUGGAUGCUGCAGUUCAAAUAUUUUACUCGGUCGGUGCCGGCUUCGGGGUCCACCUCUCUUAUGCCAGUUAUAACACAUUCCACAACAACUGUUACAGAGACUGCCUCGUUACGACAUUGGUGAAUUGUUUUACGUCGUUCUUCUCUGGUUUCGUAAUCUUCACGUAUUUGGGCUUCAUGUCACACAAGCAAGGAGUACCGAUAUCCUCUGUUGCCACUGAAGGACCAGGUUUGGUGUUCCAAGUGUAUCCCGAAGCUGUAGCAACUCUCCCCGGCGCCAGCUUGUGGGCGAUGCUGUUCUUCUUCAUGCUGAUUAUGCUCGGACUGGACUCAGGGAAAGUUAACCGCGGUUGUGGUCAGAUGGGUGGUUUGGAAUGCGUGAUCACCGGGCUGCUGGACGAGGCGCGCGCGUGCGGCGCCAAGUGGCUGCGCCGCGAGCACUUCACGCUGCUGGUCGUCUCCAUCUCCUUCUGCGUCGCCUGCAUCAAUGUCACCCCGGGGGGCAUUUACAUGUUCCACUUGCUGGACACCUAUGCAGCCGGAAUAUCCUUACUGUGUUCCGCUCUCUUCGAGGCUCUAGCUGUUUCCUGGUUUUAUGGUUUAAAAAGGUUCUCCGACGAUGUUGAAGAGAUGCUAGGCUUCAGACCGGGAAUAUAUUGGAGGAUAUGCUGGAAGUUCAUCAGUCCUAUAUUCAUUAUUGGCGUCGUGGUGUUCGGGCUUCUGUACCAGCAGCCGCUACAGUACCAGCAUUACACGUACCCGCCGUGGGCAGUGGUGCUUGGCUGGGGGCUCGCAUGCUCCUCCAUCCUCAUGAUACCCAUUGUUGCGAUUUACAAGCUGAUAACUACGUCCGGCACCUGUCGACAGGUGAUACGCUCAUAA